CUGCCGAACAAAAGGCGGUGAACUUACCACUACUAGGUAAAUGGGUAAAUGCCUUUCGCUUGAGUCGCAGCCCCAAUUCUGCAGGAAUAGGAGAGAAGAGGAUCUCUGGACAUGGCGUUGGCUUAUCGUUUACUCUCGCGAUCCAGACAGUUAUCAGUUGUUCCUGUUGUAAUACCACAAGAGCAUUUAGCAACAGUUCGUUCGUUCGCAAAAGAUGCUGCUCCACCUGCAUUGCCCCGCCUUAAAGGAGAUGAAAUGUUGAAGAACAUCUUUUAUGAGGUGAAGAAUAAAUUUGAUACUGCCCUUGGGAUUCUUUCCAAGGAAAAGAUCACAAUUGAUCCUGAUGACUCCACUGCAGUAUCUCAGUAUGCAAAAGUCAUGAGGACCAUUAGAGAAAAGGCAGAUUUAUUUUCGGAUUCUCAGAGAAUCAAGUAUACAAUUGAACAGAGGACCCAAGAUAUUCCUGAUGCUCGAACUUAUUUGCUAGCACUGCAAGAGAUACGUAUAAAGAGUGGUCUCCUUGAUGAAUUGGGUGCUGAGGCAAUGAUGAUCGAAGCAUUGGAUAAGGUUGAAAAUGAGAUUAAGAAACCUCUUCUAAGGUCGGACAAAAAGAACAUGGCUCUACUCCAAGCAGAGUUUGACAAAGUCAACAAAAAGCUUGGGAUUAGGAAGGAAGAUCUUCCUAAAUAUGAGGCAGACUUGGAAAUCAAGAUUGCCAAAGCAGAGUUGCACGAACUAAAGAAGGAUGCAGUCGAGGCAAUGGAAACCCAGCUAAAGAGGGCAGAAUUCAAGGACGAGAAGAUGCCCGAUGUUAGAUCACUGGAUAUCAGAAACUUCCUCUGAAAUUUUGAGGUUAUCUGAACCUUUUUUAUGUUACCAUGAACAUUUUUCUCUUUGCUGCAUCAAUUUCUCGGCCUGUGCCGGUCUCAUGAACAACAGCAGGUAGAGCUUUCAAUGUUUCAACUGAAAUUCUGAAAAUAAAUGUAUUGAAACAAAGUUUUCUAAUGAUAUAUUUGGGCUUGAAACAUUUCUUUA